CGAAAACCUGCUGUUCCAGAUGUGGCUUUGUAGAUGUAAUCAUAUGUCAUUGCUGGUACUGUUUCUGAGCCUGCUUAAUCUUUACUGCUACCCUGUGCCAGUUCCUGAAGGUUUAUUUGGCUGAGUUCUGUUUUCUUUACUUGUGCUUUCAGUCUUGCAAUGGGAGCCAUCGAUGAUACAUAAUGAGGAUCUAUUUUGUUUUUCUGUUGAUGAUUUUUCCAGUGAUAGAGUCAAGGAACUGAGUUUUAAAAAGAAAAGACAAUUCAAUCCACUAUUAUUUAUUGAUACCUUAGUGUGCCAGACCAAAAUGAAACAGAAAGUGUCCCUAUCUGCAAAAAGAGUACCUUUUCAGGAAAGAUAACAUAAGACAACUAUCACAAAACUCAUUUUAGGCACAGUACCAAGUGAGUGGUAUAAACACUAGUAUUGUGUGAAUUUAGGAAUGGGAAAAAUCACUCUGACUUGGGAUGGCUGGGGAAAACUUCCUGGAGGAGUUGAGACUUGUUUAAGAUCAUGUAGGAUGUAUGGUAAAUAUGGCUUCUCAUAUGUUAGAAAAAUGAGCAAAAUUUUGGAAUGGAAUGCAUUGUACAAAUAUGAUGGCCAAUGAGUAUAACCAGGAUGACAGUCAACUUUGUGUAGGAGAGAAGGGGACAGGAAGGGAAUUGGGUCAGAUUGGGGAGGGUCGUUAGUGUUUUUCCCAAAACAUAUUCCUUAGAAAUAUCCUGUUUCAGCAAGCACAGGCCAUAAAUAUUAGAGCUGGAAAAUCCCUUGUAGUUUUGUUGACAUGAAGAGAGGACCGGCUGUAUUGAUGAGCUCGUUGUCUUUAUAUAUGACAUCCGUGGAUGCUAUUAACCUCAGUGUUUUCUGUAUAUUUCAGACAUUAGUCCCUUACCAUGGGGGAUUGGAAUUUAUGGGGUGGCAUCCUAGAGGAAGUUCACUCCCACUCAACCACGGUGGGGAAAAUCUGGCUGACCAUCCUCUUCAUCUUCCGGAUGCUGAUACUUGGUGUAGCUGCUGAAGAUGUCUGGGAUGAUGAACAGUCAGCAUUUGUCUGCAACACCCAGCAGCCAGGUUGCAACACUGUCUGUUACGAUGAUGCUUUCCCUAUCUCUUUGAUCAGGUUCUGGGUUUUGCAGAUCAUCUCUGUGUCUUCUCCCUCUCUGGUAUAUAUGGGCCAUGCACUUUAUAGCCUCAGGGCCUUUGAAAAGGAGAGGCAGAGGAAAAAGUCACAGCUUAGAGCCCAGAUGGAGAAUCCAGAGCUUGAAUUGGAGGAGCAGCAAAAGAUAGAUAGAGAACUGAGGAAGCUGGAGGAGCAGAAGAAGAUCCAGAAAGUCCCUCUGAAAGGAUGUCUUCUGCGUACUUAUGUCUUACACAUCUUGACCAGAUCUGUGCUGGAAGUAGGGUUCAUGAUAGGCCAAUAUAUUCUCUAUGGGUUGCAAAUGCACCCCCUUUACAAAUGUACUCAACCUCCUUGCCCCAAUGCAGUGGAUUGCUUCGUGUCCAGGCCCACAGAGAAGACCAUUUUCAUGCUCUUUAUGCACAGCAUUGCAGCCAUCUCUUUGUUCCUCAACGUACUGGAAAUAUUUCAUCUGGGGAUCAGGAAAAUCAUGAGGGCACUUUAUGACAAAUUCAGCAGUGAGGGCAUUGAGGACGAAAGGGGACCUCCAUUUCAUUUGAAAAGAUAUUCAGCGGCCCAGCAGUGUAUGAAUUGCUCUCCCUUCCCUGAAAGAGUCUCUCUACUUCAAGCCAGCAAUCAACAGCAAGUCUUCCGAGUCAAUGUGCCGAAUUCUAAAACCAUGUGGCAAAUCCCACAGCCCAGGCAACUUGAGGUAGACCCUUGCUGUAGUAAAAAAGACUGGGCAGAGGGGUAUCAGCACAGAGGACAGCUCCAUGUCCACAGCCCGUGUCCCUGGGAUGAUGGUGCUAGAAUUCAGCACUCGGGACAGCAACCAGACCGGUCUUCCUUUGGCUUGCAGACUACAACGCCCCAGUCCUGGCUAGGUACAACGAUGGCUCCUAGACAUUGUCCAUCACGUUCAACAGGACCCUGGGAGCAGUCCCAGGACCUGCAACCCUCAGGGGAGCCUCUCACAGAUCUACACAGUCACUGCAGACACAGCGAUGGCAGCAUGAGAGAGAGCAGAGUCCAGACAGACGGAUCUUGCAUGGGCAGUCGCAAGGCCAGCUUUCUGUCCAGAUUGCUGUCUGAAAAGGGACAGCUGUACAGUGACUCAGUAAGCUCCAGUUCUCGAAAUAGCUCUUGCCUGGGCUUUCCACACCGGGAAAACAGCCCCUCACUUCUGCCUUCAGCCACUGAGCACAGAACAUCAAUGAGGAGGAAGUGAGGGGUGGAGAUGUGAAGAGGUGUGUGAUCUUUUCCACAAUGAAUUGGUAGAAGAGCCUGUGAAGACCAGGUGGAUGAAAACGAUGCUGGGGCCAAGCCCAGAUGGGUGCCAUUUUAAGGGGCAUACCAUAUUCCAGGUACUUAGGCCUCAUUAUCUAUACCACGUGCAACUGUGUAAAGUCGUUGUUUGUCCUCAUUUUAUAGAUCAGAGAAGGCUCAGAGAGAUCAAGUGACUUGCCCCACAGCUAAAUUCCAACUGAAGUGCCUGUUUUGCAGCUGGAACUCAGACCCAGAUCUAGUUGCUCUGAGGCCCAUGCUCCUCCCAGGAAGCCCUGCCCUCUCUCUUGUCUGUGACCAUCAGCAGCCCCUGCACAAUGAUUUGUUUGUACGUCUGUCUACCCGACUAGCCUGUGAAAGCUUUCAGGAUAAGGCUGUGCAUUUUAAAUCUUGGAUGCCCAGUAUGUAGCCCAGCGUUGGUUGAGUGCAUGCAUGUUUAUGUAUAGAUGCCAAAGACCAGACGUUACCCAUCACUUGCAACCCUCCAGUCUAAUCCUUAUUCCCUGGUGUCCUGUCCUGCCUUGUCCGCAGGUUUAUUAUGAGAGGUUCUUUCAAGAGCCUAUAUGGCAGCGUUCCCCACUUCCCCCAUACCUUUUCUUGUAACUUAAAUUUCCUUUACUCUCAAAAGCCUCUAUAGGGUCAUCAACUGUACAGCACAAAUAGAGGUUAAAAAAAGAAGUUAAA